AAAUUUCGAAAAUGGCGAUAAAGAAACCACCGAUGCUUAUACUAGUUGUGACUUGUUUCUUACUAUUCACAGGUUAUGGCGUUUUCCAGAGGUACUACAGUGUUAAGUACAUUUCUCCGGGUUCGUGUUUUUGGGCAAACCACGGAAAACAACCAUUAGGGGGACGAUUUGAUACCAUUUUGAAGUUUUGUGGCGAACUCUGCGAUCUUUCAAAGGAGAUCAAAACACUUCCUGGAGAUUUAAUGGGAACUGUUACAGCUAAGGUUGAUUGUGAUGCAAUAUUUGCUAGUGAGGAAAUUGACAAACCCAGUGGGCACAAAGCCAUGCAGUGGGAAAUGAUUCCUAAACAUAUUCAGGAGGAGUUCACUCACUAUGGAAAAGUGUCUGUAAAAUCUUGGUUUAUUGAAGAAACACAUCAAGGAGGGACACAAAACGUUGGAGUGUAUACUAAACCAGAAGUUCAAAGAUAUGUUGACGCAUUUUUGGGUGGAACCCCUCUUGAUAACUAUGAAUCUGGGAGUAAGCUGGUUAACCAGAGUCUCAGCCAAAUAGAUGUGAAGAAUAAAUCUGUCCUUGUAAUUGGAACUCAGAAUCCAUGGGUUGAAGCAAUAGUGCUCACUAAGAAUCCAGGUCUAGUAAUGACUCUAGAGUAUGGAAUGUUUAAAAGUGAAUAUCCAAAACUCGAGUUUGUUACACCAGCAGUUUUCAGAGAAAGAUAUAGAAAAGGAGAACUUCCCCUUUUUGAUAUAAUAAUAUCAUACUCUUCAUUAGAACACGCUGGGUUAGGACGUUAUGGAGAUGCUCUAAAUCCAUGGGGGGAUAUUUUAACUGUUGCAAGAGUCAGCUGUGUCUCAAAACCUGAUGCGAAGUUAAUUAUUGGAGUCCCAACUGCAGGAUUAGACAGGAUAGAGUUUAAUGCUCACAGGGUAUAUGGACCGAUUCUUUACCCUUACUUAGUGACCAACUGGAAACUGUUUUGGACAUCAGCAGGAAAUUAUAGACCGGCUGCUGAUGAACAAGCUGUCUACCAACCUGUUUAUAUGUUCGAAAAAAAUCUUCAAUGAUUUAAAUCUUGAUAUAAUUUUCUUGAAUGUUUAUUUACAAGAUCGUUUUAACAUAAGCAAAUUAAGAUCUUUUAUUUAAAGGGACCGUAGGUGUUAUUUUAACUGAACCUUUUUUAUAUUUCGUCUUUCUUAAUCAGACAAGGGUGUAAAGGGAGAGACUGCCUGGCACGGUAGUUUAGCUGAGAGUGAAGUAUUUGAGACCUAUGAAACGUUUUUACGGUGUAUAACUAUUCAGCAAGAGCGCAAAGUAAAUAUUUAAAAUCCUCCGCUGGGCAAACCUGCCACUGCACAAUCUGCUAGGCAGGCAUGCCGUACCACAACCAGUCGGGAAGGUUGUGGCUGCCACACCUACCUGGCUGGUUGUUCAAUCCAGGAGGAUUUUUAUGAUUGAAUUUUCACCCUUGCUGAACAAUUAUACAGCGUAUAAACGUCUCAUAGGUCAAAAAUGAAUCCUGAAAAAUUUCUCUACAAUACUGCACUCUCAGCUCAACUACAAUGUCUAGUCAGUCUCUCCCUUUAACAGGUAUUGAUUUGAAUAGGACGUGUCACAAUACAAAUGGAGUCCCUUUAAAUAAAAUAAAACUAAAUUAAAUAAAAUUUUUCAAAUAA